AUGUCUGCUACUAUAUCUCCGAUAUUAUUUAUAGUUGUCACGGUGGAAACGUACGCACCUCCCAAAGAUGAUCCUCCUUGCGAUUGCAAUCAUUGCAAUAACAGUGUAAAGGUUGAUGAAUCUAAAGGAAAUAGAAACGUAUCGACGUUGCAAUUAUUGCACAAAGAAGAUAGCGAUGGUGAUGGCAAUCGCGCUAUUUGCGCUCGAGAUCGCGAAUUCAAUGAUCGUACCUUUCCAAGCGUUUGUCAUAUGUUGUGUUACAAUCGCUGUUUGAUACUACGAAUUUCGACUGUCACGGUGAAUGACACGAUCAAACAUGUCGCGAGAGCGUUUAGAAACAAUUACUACAAACUACGGGAUGGAGAAUGUUGAAGGGGUUUUUCCGUCUUC